CAGACUCACAGCUUAUCGUCAUGGAGACAUCGUCCAAGUCAUCAGGUAGCGGGACCAAGGUGGCGUUGGCGCUGCUGGCAUUGUGGUCCAUCAUCUCGCUAGUGGUCAUCGUGGUGUGGUGUACGUCUCCGGACCUGAAGAGCUCGGCCCGCUGCCGCCAGGAGCUCCAGGAAAAUAAUGAGAAGCUGGAGGGGGCCAAAGUGGUGUGGAGCAAGGACAAGGAGGCGCUGGAGGAACAGCUAGAGGAGGCCAGGCGCCAGCAAGAACGCCAGGAGGUCCGCAUAGCUGCGCUGCUCCAGCGACUCCACGCCGCCAAUGCCACACUGGAAGCCUGUCACGACCACAAGGCAGUCAUGCAGGCCAACAUCAGCACGCUGCAGGAGCAGGCAGACCAACUGUGGCAGGCGCAGGUCAACCUGACAGCUCAGCUGCGGCAUCAAGAAGACCAAGUGGAGGUGCUUCAGCACAACCUGACUCAAGCGGACCAUCGCAUGGAGGUGUGCGUCAGCCUGAAGGCGGCCGCCGACAACCACGCUACGGCGGCGCAGACACAGACACGCGCCUGCGAGGGCAACCAGAAGUUCCUGCACAAGCAACUUCUCAAGUGUAAAGAGGCCAACUCAGAAGCACCCCCGUCUCCACAGACGUCCACAGACCCUGCCAGUUCGACCGCCACACCACUCGCCGCAAUUCCGGCCGUGAUGCUGCUGGCGAGCUGUGCCCGCCUCCUGAUGACAUGAGGGGCAAGACCAGUGGCCACAAGACAGCUAGUACUGCCGUCCAGGAAGGGGGUGGAGCCUGGAGAGACUAAACGACUGCUGUACAAAACACACACACGCGCACGUACUGCCUGGAGACGUGUUGCUGAUUGCAACUUUCUGCACGCUAACCUGCAGAGACAUUUUGCUGCCACUAGAGGCAGUGCUGCAUCACGAAUUAGCGUUGAUAAAUGUGGUGGUGAUUGUGUAGUGCCUCUAGUGGCCUGACUAAGUAUUACAACACAAGACAAACGUCACCAGGAAGUCAUUUCACCCAAAGCUGUAAACAUGAUUAUAUUAUGUCUGUCGCUAAUCACUGAUUGUAAGUUUUUAUUAAAACAAGACACUGAGUGUGCUUCAUAAAACCUUUUUUUUGCUUCAUUCUUAAACGCAUGGUGAUGCUGCUUGCACUUUGUUUUGUAGCUAAUGAACAUGAUUGAUUUAUAGAUACCACAGAUGAUGUCAGGAAUAUAGACAUGAAGACUUCGUGGCAAAUAAAACU